GAACCCGGGCCACAGCCUAGCAGCCUGAACAGACACCCGACACCGCGCUAUCACUACACCUCCGAUCAUGUGGAUCCAGGUGCGCACCAUGGACGGCCGGGAGACUCACCGCAUUGACUCCCUGUCUAAGCUGACCAAGGUGGAGGAGCUGCGGGAGCGCAUCCAUGAGGUGUUCGGGGUGGAGCAGGACCGCCAGCGGCUCUUCUACCGGGGGAAGCAGAUGGAGGACGGACACACGCUCUUUGAUUACAGCCUUGGCCUCAAUGACAUCGUGCAGCUGCUGGUCCGCCAGCUCCCGCCUCCCCCGGGGCCUGCUCCGGUCACCGCGGAGGACACCGACGACACCCACAUGUCCGAGACUGAUCCCGAAGAGCUGCGGCCGAAGGAGGAGGAGCAGCCGCCCGCCGAGCCCCCCGCCCGCGGCCUGUACCGGGUGAAGGAGCUGGUGGACGCCCGGGACCUGCACAUGGGCGCCUGGUUCGAGGCUGAGGUGGUCAGUGUGACCCAGGGAACCCCCGCCGAUGACGUCAUCUACAACAUAACGUACGAGGACUAUCCUGAUCAGGGGGUGGUGCAGCUGACGGGCAAAGAUGUCAGACCCCGGGCCAGGACCAAGUUAUCCUGGGAGGACCUGCGUGCUGGACUAGUGGUCAUGGUCAACUACAACCCGGAUGACCCCAAGGAGAAGGGCUACUGGUACGAUGCUGAGAUCCUCCGCAAGAGGGACACCAGGACCAUCAAAGAACUGUACGCUAAAGUCUUACUGGGGCAGGUGGGCGACUCGCUGGAUGACUGCAGGAUCAGAUUUGUGGAUGAAAUUUAUAAGAUUGAGGAGCCCGGCAGCAACGCCCAGUCUUCAGAGCCUCCCCCGAAACGUCAGAAUGGUCCCGAAUGUAAGCACUGCAAGGAUAACCCCAGGGUAAAGUGCCGUAUGUGCGCCUGCCACGCCUGCGGGGGCAAACAGGAUCCCGGAAAGCAGCUGCUGUGUGACGAGUGCGACAUGGCCUUCCAUAUGUACUGUCUUGACCCUCCUCUUACUUCUCUGCCCCAAGACGAUGAAGACUGGUACUGCCCUGAGUGUAGGAACGAUACCAGCGAGGUGGUGCUGGCCGGUGAGAAGCUGAAGGAGAGCAAAAAGAAAGCCAAGAUGGCGUCUGCCAGUUCAUCCUCUCAGAGAGACUGGGGUAAAGGCAUGGCAUGUGUCGGGCGCUCCAGAGAAUGCACAAUUGUUCCAUCCAAUCACUAUGGCCCGAUACCCGGCGUACCCGUUGGCACCAUGUGGAAGUUCAGGGUGCAGGUCAGUGAGGCGGGGGUGCACCGGCCUCAUGUGGCCGGCAUCCACGGAAGAAGCCACGAUGGCUCCUAUUCUCUGGUGCUGGCGGGAGGUUAUGAGGAUGAUGCUGAUAAUGGGACUGAGUUUACCUACACCGGGAGCGGAGGUCGUGACCUCUCGGGGAACAAGCGGACUGCAGAGCAGUCAUGUGACCAGAAGCUCACCAACACGAAUCGGGCCCUGGCCCUCAACUGUAAUGCCCCCAUCAAUGACAAGCAAGGGGCAGUCUCCAAGGACUGGAAAGCGGGUAAACCCGUGCGUGUUGUGCGCAAUGCCAAGGGGCGGAAACACAGCAAAUACGCCCCAGAGGACGGCAACCGGUACGACGGCAUCUACAAGGUGGUGAAGUACUGGCCUGAAAAGGGCAAAUCCGGCUUCCUUGUUUGGCGCUACCUACUUAAGAGAGAUGACGACGAGCCAGCACCAUGGACCAGGGAGGGCAAAGAGCGCAUGAAGAAACUAGGCCUCAGCAUGCAGUACCCUGCGGGUUACUUAGAAUCCAUCGCCAACAAGGAGAGAGAGAAGGAAAACGCUGGUGGUAAUGGCAUGGAGGAGACGCCAAGCAAAGGCAAGAGAAAGAGGAACUCUGAGAAUGCCAAAGCUCUGACUCCCUCAACUGGGACCCCGAAGAAAACUAAAGUAGAACUCUACAAACUGACCCCAGAGCAAAAAGAGCUGAUCAAAAAGGAUGAGCCGAACACAAAACUGUGGAAUGAAGUGAAGUCCUACCUGAAGGAGGGGCCAAAGUUCAUCAGCAAAGUGGAGGAGACCUUCCUGUGUAUCUGCUGCCAGGAGGUGGUGUACGAGCCCAUCACCACCGAGUGUCUGCACAACAUCUGCAAGAGCUGCCUCGACCGCUCCUUCAAAGCCUCCGUGUACAACUGUCCGGCCUGCAGGCACGACCUGGGCAAGAACCACAACAUGCAUGUGAACAAGCCCCUGCAGACCCUUCUCAGCCAGCUCUUCCCCGGCUACGAGAGGGGACGGUAGAGCUUCCCAAUGACAAUGCUGCCCAGGAUGUAUAGCCAAUCAUGCUCUUCCUAGUAUUCCAUUAUCUGUUCCGGGGUUAAAUUAUCAAUGUAGUACGUCAUCCUUUUGUGUCUGCAAACCCCCCCCCCCCCCCCUAUCCCUCGUUCACUGCCUUUUGUCCUGUCUCUCCAGACUUGCUCUGUGUAUUCUACCUCUGUGUAUCCUCUCCCACCAUAGCACUCUUAAGUGUUCUUUUAGUGCCUAGUGAGAAUCUAUGCAUCCUAUAUUGUUUUUAUGACUUUUACCUUGCGGGGCAUUUUGUUCAUCACUUACAGCUGCACUGAUAACGGAGCGCUAAAUUCGGUUAUCUCCCAUAGUAACGAAUAGAGUGUCUGCAUGCAUGCCCAACCUGCUGCUCUAUUCAUUUCAGGUGGGGUUUGCAGCGGCUGUGGGGUUCCCAGUGGUAGGAUCCCCACCGACUUAAGUUUUAUAGGAUAGGGGAUAACUUUAAAUAACCGGAAUACCCCUUAGGCUGCACUGAAGGUGUCAGGACUGCUGUGCAUGCAUUUGUGAGUCCUCCCCACUAUAUUAGCGCAUCAGUCCAGUAUAUUAUUUCAGCGCAGCUUUGACUGACAGUGGGGCAAUGGGAAAAAAAUAAAUGGUGAUACGGAUUCCUUAUGUGCUGUCCACUAGGGAUGAGCGAAUCGACUACGGAUGAAACAUCCAAAGUCUAUUCGCAUAAUACUAUGUUUAAAUGCUGUACGGAGCA